AUGGUUUCGCCUGUUUGCCUUCAGAGCCAGCUGGGGCAACGAAGGACCUUUAAACAGAGAGACGAACUGCACAGGUCGACGACGAAUCUUUUAUUUCAGAGCUGAGCUAUAUUUGGUGUCGGUCUCCCUUUACGGAGACUUGUACCGGCUGUAACCCAAGAUGCCUUUUAAUGAUGAGCGACCGGCCUCCAUGUCCAGCGGCGAGGACCAAGGCAGUGACGUGGAGUCGUCGUCGGAGCGCUGUGACAGCAGCGACCUGGAGUAUUCCCGUGAAAGCUUCACGAGUGACUGCUCUAGCAAACAUUGCACGCCCUCCUCAAGCCCACCAAAAACCUUAACCCUGGAUGAAGUCAUGGAGUCUGCCAGAGACCUGUCCAAUCUCAGCUUUGCCCAUGAAAUCAUUGUGAACCGCAACUUCCAUCUUGAGACUGACAGCCUACCUCAGGACAGUUUAUGGAAAGUAGUUAGAGAUAAUGUCCACAAGGCCUUCUGGGACAUCCUGGAGUCUGAGCUGAACGAUGACCCGCCUGAGUAUGGUCAUGCCAUCAGAUUAUUGGAAGAGAUCAGAGAGAUCUUACUGUCAUUCCUUAAUCCGGGUGCCAAUCGGAUGAGGACCCAGAUCAUGGAGGUGCUGGACAUGGACCUGAUUCGUCAGCAGGCUGACAACGACGCUGUAGACAUCCAGGGGCUUGCCUCUUACAUUAUCACCACAAUGGGCAAGAUGUGUGCACCAGUUAGGGAUGAGGAAAUCAAGAAGCUCCGGGAAAGCGCAGACAACAUGGUGACACUCUUCAGGGAGAUCUUCCGUGUGCUGGACCUGAUGAAGGCAGACAUGGUCAACUUUACCAUUGAUAACCUGAGGCCUGUGCUGCAGAGGCAGAGUGUGGAAUAUGAGAGGGCAAAGUUUCAGAGCGUCCUGGACAAAACACACAGUGCUUUGGACCAUACCACUUCAUGGAUAAAGUCAGCACUGGAGGCGCUGCUGUUGGCCGCGAUCCCCACAGAACAGACUGAAGGUCAGGGGAAAGGACAGCGAGCGGUGCCUGGCCCCUUUCAGGUCCUCAACGCUGCCUUCCUCAGCAUCCUUAUAUGGGACUAUGAUAAGAGCCCACUGCCUGAGACCUGGGUGACCGAUGAGACACGUCUACGAGAGAUUCAAUGGCAGCUCCGGCAAAGUCAGGCGGUAAACGAGGUGCUGCUCAUUGUCUACAGCACCUUUGGAGGACCUAUCCAGGGUCUGCCCUCUCUGUCUGACCGUCUGAAGAGGAUGACCAGUGUGCUGCUGGAUGGGAUGCACAGCCCGCACUUUAACCUAGAAGAGGCACUAGAGGGUGUCAGUGCUCAGAUCUGCUGUGAGCUUAACAAGUCUUUAACAGAGAGGAACUAUCCUGCACUGACCCCAGCGCUGCAGGCCACCCUUAGAGGCCAGAUCUGCAACAUCACUCAGAAGGACAAUCCCAUCCGCACUCUUGUUGAGGAUCGUGUGCAGCAGUACUUCCAGGCGCUCAUCUGUGAUCCCAAACCCCAGGCUAAACUUGAACAGGUACCAGCCGGCCUGACUGCCAUCAAACCUGAACUUGCAUUGAUGGGAGCAAAGUUCAUCUCCCUGGUCAACUACAACAAGACUAUCUAUGGACCAUUCUACGCAGAUAUCAUCAGGAAGCUGAUGUUCAGCAGCAACCCACCAGCAGCAAACCCUCCUCAGGACACCACUCAGGAUUCUGUCACCUCCAAUUAAAACCAAACUUUGGCUGAUGCAGUCUAAGGAGUUUAUUUUACUACUAGACAUAAAGAUAAGCAGGUACUACAAUAGCUAGCAGUACAACUGCUUCUCUCUGCCAGUGCACUCCAAUAGUUGGAGUUAUAUCCAGCAUAUUAUAAAUGUAGUUUUUAUCGCUACAUUUAGCAGGCACUGCGGUGUAGGCUCCACACAGUCGACAUUUAAUGUGACGUGUGUGUUUUGUUUUUUUAAUAUGAUAAAUGCUCUAAAAUAUCCCCUCCUGUGAACAUAUACAGCUUCAAACCAGUAUUACAAUGAUCCAUUUCUGGACCUAAUAGUGAUUCUUACAAUGUAAAUGCAGUCAAACUCCUGUUAUUGUGGAGGGAGUCCACAGGGGAACAAGGGCACAGCCUUAGUGUGUCUUAAAGCACACAGUAAGCUUUAUGAAGCAAAGAGAAAGAGCCCUAUAUAUUUAGAAAACUAGUAGAGUUGCAAAUCAGAUUAUUUACAUACAAGUUAUUUAUCACUGUCAAAGUCUGAGGUAAUUAUAUAGUAUAAUUACAGUUAACUAUGAAUAAAUGUUUAGCAUAUUAAUGCCAAAACAUGAUAGCCCUUUUCCUGUUGAAGUAGUCCUUUUGAUUGUUCUUUUAACUGUUAUAUCAGCCUGAGAACUAAACUUUGUGUAUUCUGUUUAAUCCACUGAUGUUACUAUAGAACAAAAAAACAAGUAUAAAUAUAAUGAUUGGGAUUUUGAUUUCACAAAGACAGAAAUGUUGUCUGCAUGAGUAGCUUUGUGUUGAGGUCAUGUAAUUUUAGCGUUCACUUUAGUAUUUUGUUGAGUAUUUGUCACAUUCAGUUCAAUUUAGUGGGGGGUUUUUGGCAUGGGAAACAGACAUUUCAUUGCCAAAGCAAUUGUGAAAUAAAAACAUGUACAUAAACAGAAGAAUUGUGAAAGAAAAAAUUAAAACUUGUGUGUUCCAUACUUCUACCUACUUGCUGCCAGUGGAAUAGUUUUAUUGAUGUACUUGCUAUGUUUGAUAAAUUUUGAGGUAGUGUAGUUGUUACAGUAUUGCUGUGUUGGGAGUUAGGGGAAAUGAAAGGUGCUGAACUCAAAGUGAUUGUGUCCAAAAUGUCCAUGGGACUCGGUGAUGCACAAAGAAAAGCAGUUACGUACUUUUACAGAAGUUUACAUGAAAAUGUGGGAAGUUGUUGUUCUUAGCUUCUGUACCACAAUUAAUAUAAUAAAACUUCAAAAAGAAAA